CGUUCCCUGAUUCUUUUGCUUCCCAAACAACCUACCCUCUUUUUUGCUUUUUCUUUUCAUCAACUUGAAAUGUUUAAUAACUAGCUUUAUUGACAUGGCUUGAAAAUGAUGGCGAUUGAGAUAUGUGGCUGGUUGGAUGCAGACCCUGAGACAUUUCUGAAUUUUCAAAAUUUGAAUUCCAUAUGUUAUAAGGAAAGAAAGCUACAUCUUGUUUCUGAUUCACGAAAAAAACUCCUGACUCUCAGACUGAAACAGAAGGUGCUUUUGGAAUUUGUGUUGUUUGACCAGCUGGUUUUCAAGAUUGACAAUCAGGGAGGGCCUCCACCUCACUUGUGGUUUGUCUUCCACGUUACAGUGUUAACUUUGCAUGCUGUAUUGCUUCAUGAGCAUUCAUGUUAUAGUCACAUAUAAUUACAGUCAAUACAUUGUUUUGAAUGUCAUCACCAAUUUCACUUGGGGAUAUUCUGUCAUACUUGACGAUGCUCAAACUUCUCACGACUCUACUUAAUGUUAAUGUUCUAGAUGCCUUUUCCUUCUUUGCUCUUUGCACAUUCAGCUGAUUUCAUAUUUGUGUUUGCCCAAGACAUCUUUAUCUUCUCUUAUCGGUUCUAUUCUGGGAAUACUUAACAUUCAUAUUGCUUGAAGAAAUGUUUUUGUAUGUAACACAUCAGCUGGCUUGCCUGAUACAAGACCCGACUUGUAUUCAGUUUUCAUAUUUUUUUAUUUUAUUGAGUAUAAAGGGCAAAGAAAGAGAACAAGGUGUUUGGUAAUCCGUCUGUCUGUUUGGGAAAGCAGCCUUAUUUGCUUUUGGUGGAAGAGUUAGUUGGCAAUCGUGUCUUUUUACAAAGCGCUUUAACUGACACUACUGGUUAUUUCAGAAGUGAGUUACAAACUGAUGGAAGCCCUUCAAGUCACACUGUGCCCCGUGAGUGGCACGCAGUUGCAAGAAGAUUGGUGACCCCUGGACAAGCUUAAACCAAUGAUCUGGGAUGGGGCUCUUUUAUCCACCAGAGUCGCGCUUCAUUUCCUUAAAUGACCUGGUUGAGGAGGUCAGGGAUGAAACUCCCCAUUCAGCUGAUGGAUACACUUUCUAAGGUAGAUUCGUGUUGUUGUUGUUUUUCCUUCUUGUCUUCUUUGUAACCACGAAUAUGAUGAUUACAAUGAAUUGUAAUCAUCUCAGCACGAAAAGAAUGAUGAUGCUGAGUAGAAUAAUGUCAAGUUAUUAUCUUUAAAUGGUGUUAAAUGCUGUUCUGUCUUCUCUGAGAGAUCACUUGACCUAGUUGGAUUCCAAACCUCCAAUAGAAAUGAUGUGAGGUUUGUUAGUGCUUAUUGCAGACCUUUGACUACAGUGUCUUCUGCCCUCACUGACCUAUUGCAAACCAUAUUGUGGGGAAUUUCUAUUCCUUCCUUUACUUCUUCUCCUCCUGAGCCUUUCCUUCGCACUAUUGUCUAUUUUUAGCUCCUCGUGUGGUGGGCAGGGGGGAUGCAUGAAAGCACAACAGUGUCUGGUGCGGAUAGAAAAGGUGGAGCCUGGUUGGUGGAGUGUUUGGGUCUCUAUCCUGCUGAACCAGAUUGUGCAUCAAGUAAAUAAAUAUCGACUGUGCCGUACUUAAUCUUAUAGCAAUUAGGUGUCUAUUCAUCUUUAUUUUACAUGCCAUCAUCACACCAUAAAGUCCUUAAGUUACUAUGCGCAUAGUUCCUUGUUUGUCUCUGCCAUCAACACAUUUGUAUAGGAUCUGUAUGGAAAACGUGCAAAACUCAUACAAUGUGUGUCCCUUGGAAACAUUCAUUUGUUUAAUUUUGUCUAAUUACUCUUGUCACGUUCUGAGCAAUAAAAAGUUGUAUAUUUACUCAUGCUUAGUUGUAACUGGAUCGACGGCUCUUUCACGUGGAUCCACUCAUCAGUAAGAGAAAGUUUGUCAUUCAGAUGAAAAAUUCAGGUGUGCAGUAAGACAGGUGUGUGACGGUGAGCUUCAGUUGUGCACUUAAAUGAGAUUGCUGACAAGUACAUUUCCAUCGGCCACUUACAAGCUAAUUUAAAAUUUAUUCCAAUGUUCUCUGUGUAUUGUAACCACCUUGUCUUAUCUUUUGCCCGCACUGUUCUGUGACACUUAAGCUCGAGAUGUGACAGAACUUUGCUAUACUUUGAUGGUUUUACACUGACAUCAUACAGUAUGUAUAUGCGGGGUUAUACAAAGUAGUGUAUUCACAAGUUCACAACAGCAACUGCUUUAUUUCUGAGACUAUUCCCUAUAAUAAAAAAAAAUAAAAGAGCUAAAUAUCAAGUGGGUGUUGGUGCCUGCAACUUCAGGUACAAGGUUCUGGGUGAUUUAUCUGUCGGUACUGGACAGUGAAGGGACGAUCAAAACAUCUCUCAACAGAGACUUCGUGUUUGUUUUUUAGUCUCUGAGGAAACGGUGUUGGCAAUUUAACUGAGCCUUGUUCACAUAUUUGUUUCAUUCCUCCUUUGGUCUAUUUAUCAGCUGACUCUUGGGCAGAUCGGCACCUGCUUGUUAUCAGUACAUGGUUUGUAACUUCCACUCACUUUGUAGUAUUUGAAGAAUGAAUAUUGUGACUUGACCGUUUUGGGGGAUAGUAUGGUUGGAAUUUAUUGAAGUUUUCAAAAAAAAAAUGUUGCUGCUUUAAGACAUUAAUAAAGGGCACUAGUUCUUUGGUUGUUCUUUGGAUAAGCUACAUUUUAUUAGUUAAAACCUUUAUGUUUUAUGCUUAAUUUAUGUCUGUUGUAGAGUCUUAAAAGAAGGAGUGUGAACACUGUACUAUAUUAUUUAUACUGUUAUAAACUAUGUUAUAAUGUUUUGUGUAUUGUUAAUAGAGGGUAAUAAAAAUGCUGGACGUCAGGCCUUUUUUAAUGUCAUAACAGUGUAUUAAAACAAAAUAUUUAGCAUUUUAUCUUCAUGACUUGACGCUUUGGCACGAGAACCUUGGGGAGGGCUCAGGAGCUUGUGAAGGAGGCAGACUUCUGCCCUUGCAUUUAGUUAUUGGUUGGAGCCAAAGGGAUGGGGAGGGGCCUCUGUGUUGCUGUUUCUGUAGAGAGAAAGGCAGCGAGAGUGAGAGAUACAGUACAGGAGGAUAAAUGAACAGGAGGGGGUUCUCUCAGCGUAGGAAUGCCUGCAAUUCCACUCCAGACGUAGUUGCUUCUUCUCUGGGUUGGAAUACCCGCCGACGGUUGUUUGUGUGGGAGUGUGCUUUUAACGCAAGUCACCCCGACUGCUACCUUGAUCCUCUCGGUCAGCUGUGAUCCUGCUGCGAAGGACCAGACAGAAGCAGAGACAAUUGGACCGUGAGGGGCAGAACCAGUGGAGCAGAGGCGACGAGAACGGACAUCAGCCAGAUGCACAGUGGGACUUAUGGGAAAACUCAAUUUUUGCUGAUUAUUGGAAUCAUCACAUUUCCUCACCUUGGAAGUUUCCUAGCGAAGGAACGGACAAUGCUCAUAUACGUCUUCCAGUUGCAGUCUGAACAGUCUGCCCUCUAAAAGUAUUAUGAGAAAAUAAAGUUCCAUUACGCGACAGACCUCCUGCUUUUGGAUUUUUUAAUCAUGGCAGCUUCAACAUGCUGCAUGGAGCUGAUAAUAUGGACUGAAUAUUUGUAGGGUGAGUGUCUUAACCACUUACCUACAAGGCAUCGUCCUUGUCCUACUCUUGAAUGGCACUUAGGACACAUUUCUGCCCACAACGAUGAAUUCCACUCUGGAUGGACUGAACCAGACCGCAGCAGACUCUGCUUCAUUUUGCCUACUUGAAAUCGGCUACUCCCAAAUAUUUACUACCUGCCUCCUUGAAGUUUCCAUCAUCCUACUGCUGGCUGUUCUUAUUAUUUCUGGUAACAUGGUGGUGAUUUUUGUGUUUCAUUGUGCACCACUGCUAAGCCAGCACACCACCAGUGCCUUUAUCCAGACCAUGGCGUAUGCUGAUCUGCUGGUAGGAGUCAGCUGUCUUUUCCCCUCCUUGUCCCUUCUUCAUCACCUCCAAGGCCUGGACCCUAAGCUCACCUGCCAGGUGUUCGGGUACAUGGUGUCAGUUUUGAAAUCAGUCUCAAUGGCUUCGCUAGCUUGUGUAAGUGUGGACCGAUAUAUCGCUAUCACGCGACCUCUGACUUACACAUCGCUAGUGACACCAUGUCGUGUUCGCUGCUGUAUCGCCCUCAUUUGGCUGUAUUCCGCCCUUGUGUUUUUGCCAUCCUUCCUUGGAUGGGGGAAACCUGGCUACCACGGAGAUGUGGUGGAAUGGUGCGCCGUGGAGUGGAAGACUAGUCCGAUCUUCACAACCUUCAUUGUUGCACUGCUGUAUGCGCCAGCGGCUCUUACUGUCUGCUUCACUUACGCGAACAUUUUUAAAAUAUGCCGACACCAUACCCGAGAGAUCAGCGAAAGGCAUGCCCGUUACCGCCCCCAACUGCAAGGACCAGGAAUGACAGUGGCUGCUAUGAUCAAGGACAACGCUGCAUUGGAGCAAGGGCAGUUGCCGCAAUUACUUCUGUCACAAAAACUCCAGCAGCAUCAACAAUUUCAUCAGCCGUCGUCAUACCCGGACAAGAGAUAUGCUAUGGUGCUGUUCCGAAUCACCAGUGUCUUUUACAUUCUCUGGUUGCCGUAUAUCGUCUACUUUUUGUUGGAAAGUGGAGGAAUCUUUCACCACCCGGCAGUGUCGUUUGUUACCACAUGGUUGGCCAUCAGCAACAGCUUCUGUAACUGUCUCAUCUAUAGCCUCUCCAAUUCUGCCUUCAGGAAGGGCCUCAAACGCCUCUGUUCUUUCUGUUUACAAAGCAGUGGUGCUGGAUUUGGAGUCAAGAGCACCAAAAAGGCUUUUGUCGGUUCCAUUGAAAAAGGUUGUGCAAGGCCUGGGUGUGGUUACGACCAUAGAGAUUUAGGAUUUGGCACAACAUGUCAUGUGUAAAAUACACAACCUUUUGCCAGGUUGGCAUUUCAACUUUUUCCAAGUUCCCCACUGUUGUGGUAAAAUGCUUCCACUGUAAGAUGAAAAAUGCUCUUACAAGAUGAAAGGAGGCGCUUAUCUGCCGCUGCCGUGUCUACCUCUCUUGGAGGUUACACAGGCGCACACGCUAUGGCUGGCAGGAAUAGACAAAAGCGGUCAAGUGCAAAGUGAUCAAGGAUAAACAAGCCUGUGUUGGAGAAUUGUGAUAGGCAACCCACUGAAAUGUAUAGGACACUGAAAGAUGAUGAUAAUUUAAUGUUUCAAUUUGCUUGAUAUCAUUUAAGUUAUUCUGCCACCUUAAUACAUUUCUAUGCUAUUGAGUGUUUCUUUGCUAGGACGGUUACGUAAAGCUGAAAGUGCGGUAUGGGAUACAAUGUGACCUUUGUUUGCUGGCACAUUUUGGCACGGCAUCUUUAAAUGCCUGAAAAAAAAAGAUUAUGGAUGUUUGCUGUCAGUCAAUACUUGGACGCACUAUUAAUGGACUUGGAUUGCUGAAUGAGUGUGAGAGGGUUUGAAAACAGUUUUUUAAAUGAUUGCAAUGUCCAAGCAGAUUCUGUUGCAGGAGUUCUGUUAUUGUAGUUUGUCUUGAUGUUUUGUAUUGGAGGCGCAAUACUGCAAUUUAAAUCAAAAAGCGUUUAAAAAGACAUUCAAAUAUUUGACUGAAAUCAAUGUGUGCGGUUUCUUUUUUUGGUGACGAAACACGACUGCAGGAGGAUGGCAUGCAAACAGGUCAAAUAAACAGUUGAGUUGGUCAAACAGGCAAACCUCUGUGUAGCGUGUCGAACAGACUCUGACCUCUCACCUCCCUGAUCAUCUGUUUUUAUCAUCACGUCUUCAUCUGCAUUUUCACUCCAACAAAGACAAAAGACUUGCAAUGAACCAAAUGGACUGAGUGUAAAUUUGUUGUGGGAAGUGAAUCAAGGUUCUUGUUGAUCUUUGUGUACUUGCCGAACCAAAGAAUGCAGAAAUGGAAAAUAGUUUCUUUUUUGUGUAAUGAGGGUUUAUGCCACCGGAUGUUCUUUCCUGUAUAUAUAGAACUGCCUUGAUCUGCAAAUCCAAAAUGUGGGAAAAUACAUUGACUGAACAGCUCGAAGGGCUAUUGAACUGUUGAACUCGACAUAAUUUAACAGACUGUUAAUUGGGUGCACGUGUACAAAUGCAUUCCAGCCAACAAUAGAUUGCAUAAUCAAUCAUCAUUUGGAAGUUCUCAACUUGAGUAGAUUAAUUACAAGGUGUCAUUUUCUCUAAUACAAUUAAAUAUAUAGCGGUGUAAUUUCAUUUCUUUCUUGGUGGCGAGUUGUGCAGUUGCCUGUUCCAUCAGAGGGACCACCCUUUUGAACUUCACCUUUGUGAUUUCCUUCAAUCGUACUGUAUUUUGUGAGACUUCUGUUAAACAAAGUUGCGUAGACUUGUUCAUGAUAUUCAGAAGGUUUGGCUGCUAUCUGUGAAACAGUGCCAAAUAUUGUAUGUUGAUCACUUUAAUGUUUAAAAAUGGCCUCUUGAAUGUUUCAUGAUUCAUGUUUGUAUUGAUGCAUUUUAUGUCUCCCUAUUAAUCCUCUGGCACAUGGCUAGCAUGACCAGCAUGCAGCCCCAUUCAAAUUAAACUGUUUUGAAAAUGCACUUUAUGAUUGUAUUUAUUGAUUGAAGUGUUGCACUCUCAAAAGGCCUUAAAAACAACAGCUUUCCUCCAGAUGAUCAUUUCUCGGAUCUCUUAAUGAUACAACUCAUCAAGGAGUGUCACUACUUAGUGCAACGUGUUUUGGGACAUUAGUA